UUUAGCUACAAUACGUUGAUCAUCUCCUCUCGGUACUGAUCUCCAUUCAAUUUCUAUAAUUGAGCUGUCUGCUCCAGCACUAUUAGAAACUAGACUAUUACGGUUUUCAUCUGUGAAGAAACAGAUCAUCGAACAUGGCUUCUACUGUUUCCUGCGCAUGCUUCAUUCUUGCUGUAUUCUUGUUUAUCUCAAGCAUGCCAUGCGAAGCACAGCUAUCCUCUACAUUUUAUGACAACAAAUGUCCGAAAGCACUUGGCACGAUCCGAACAGCCACUAGAAGCGCCGUUUCUCGUGAGCGAAGAAUGGCAGCAUCGCUCAUUCGGCUUCAUUUCCAUGAUUGUUUUGUCCAGGGUUGCGAUGCAUCAAUUUUGCUUGAUGAUACUCCCUCAAUAUUGGGGGAGAAGACAGCACUAAAUAAUGCUGGUUCAGUGAGAGGAUACGAGGUCAUUGAUGACAUCAAGUCUAAAGUGGAGAACGUUUGUCCUGGUGUUGUAUCGUGUGCAGAUAUUCUAGCAGUUGUAGCCCGGGAUGCAUCUGUUGCUGUCGGAGGACCAUCAUGGACGGUGAAGCUUGGAAGAAGAGACUCUACGACAGCAAGCCUCAGCCUAACCGACGCCAACCUUCCAAAGUUCACUGAUGGCCUUGGCAGGUUGACUUCUUUGUUUCGUGAGAAAGGUUUGAGUGAAAGAGAUAUGGUCGCCCUUUCAGGAUCGCAUACAAUAGGACAAGCAAGAUGUGUGACCUUCCGCGGUAGGAUUCACAACAAUGCAAGUGAUAUCGAUGCUGGGUUUGCUAGCACUAGAAAGCGCAAGUGUUCACUUGCUAUAGGUAGUGACGACGAGAAGAUAGCACCGCUUGAUUUGGUGACACCCAAUUCUUUUGAUAAUAAUUACUUCAAGAAUCUAAUUCAGAAGAAGGGUCUUCUCCAAUCUGAUCAAAUACUAUUUAGUGGAGGAUCCACAGACAGCAUUGUUACAGAGUAUAGCAAAAGCCCUUCAACUUUCAAAAAUGAUUUUGCUGCUGCUAUGGUUAGAAUGGGAGAUAUCGAACCCAUCACGGGUUCUCAAGGACAGAUACGAAAACUUUGCAGUGUUGUCAACUAAGUUGUCAGCAAAUCUAUUCACUUUUUCAUUUCGUUUGGUAAAAAAAUGGCAUGAUGAAAUUGAUUGUUUUUGUGUUGAGUAAAUAAGAGCUAGGCCGGGACGUGUAACACGAGAAGUUCCAAUGCUAGCUUGUGUGUUGUCAUUUGCAAAGCAAAACAAGUACUGUAGAUGAAUGACUUUCCAAACGCACGUACUUUAUAAUGUAAAGUGUAAACUUUCCAGGCAUAUAAAGCCUUUUUAAUUUGAUCAGUGCUCCUA